AUGGCUCCUAAAAGAGAUGACUCACCCCUGAAAUCACAGGGAGCAUGGACCGCAUCCAAGGUUGGACUCGCAACGAAACCCACUCGGCGAUCUUCUCGUCCCGGCUCCACAGUCAAACCAUCCAAGGCGCCCUCCUCUGUGACUUCCAGCGCGCAUCUAAGCGUAGACGAACCGCUUCCAAAACCUCCUUCCAGUAUAGCAAGCAUUAAAGACAAUAGUACCGUCAACGGUAAUGAUUCGGUUUCUCAUCCAUAUGCCAAGGAACCCACUUUCGAUCAUAUGCCUGGGGUGGGACCAAUCAAUUAUACCAGCAUGAUCCAGCAAUUAUCUUUCUCGUAUGCAGUCAUGGUAGCGUCUCAUUACCCUACAGUGUCCAUCGAUGAAGCUGAAUUACUGAAAGAGCAAUACGAACAUGCGCGAUCCAUGUUGGCCAGGUUACGAACAAGGAUACGUUUCGAAACGAGUAUUCAGCGCGGCACAACCACUGUAUUAAAAUGCGCCAUGGCCGAUGAAGUAUAUCUCGAGGAGCUGCGUAGCAACAGUGUUCACAUUGAACAGUUGGUGGACGAGUUGUACUAUGGUUUUGAGCGUGCCAACGAGUUGCAAGCGCAAUAUCUGCAGCAUGUGGCGGGGACACUGUCUAGUACGCCAACGACGUUGCCUGAACCUCACCAUGGUGACCAACGGCUGAAACCCGACUAUGAUCAUUUACUGGCGCGGCUUCAAAGUAUCACGCAAAAAUAUGUAAAGGUGCCGCCGUGCGGUAGCUACGGAGGAAUUACCAAAGCAGGCGCUCGAAUGAAUAGUGUGAGUGACGAUGGCAGCAUUUCAGGAGAUUCGGUGUUUUCAAAGUCGGUGCGCACGAGUGUCACCAGCAUGGAUGCUGAGCUGUAUUAUCACGGCCUAGCCACCCACGACCAUCUUCUUGAUAUGAUUGAAAAGCGGUUGGCGGAAAGUCGACUCGUGUCUGAAGGAAGCGCGCGACAUCAGGAAGUGCAGACGGUGGCGUUGCCCUUGACGGUAAAUGACGAUAAAAAGCAAGUGGACAAGUGGCAAAAGAACGAGGCGUCUAUCGUUGCCAAGUGCACUCAAGUGUUGAACAAAGAUGAACCAGCAGCUCUCAGCGCUAUUCAAGCGGUCGACCAGUUAAUUGAGCGCGUGAUGCAAUGGCGAGAAAAUUACGACCAACAAUUGGACGAGCUGCGGCAGCAAACUCAGCGGGAUACCGAGACGAUCUCGAAGUGUGAGCAAACCAUUCGAACGCAGCAAGAACAAAUAGUGCAACUGAAGCAAACGUGCAGCGACUUGCGUGCCGAGCGCGCAGAGUACGAAAGCAAGUAUUUGCGUUUGGAAGAAAUGCAGAACAACUCUGUUUCAUUACUUGAGAAGCAACUCCAAGAAAUGAAGACCGACUGUGCGGUUAAGGGUCAAGAACUGUUAAAACUGAACGGCUUUCUCAAGGAUGCACAAGAGCAGUUCACCCUUCGCGAGUCCGCGUUCUUGUUGCAGGCAGCAAGUUUAGAGGCGGAAUUGGGAAACGUGUUAAAGGAGUACGAUCGUGUCACGCGAAACAUCACCGAUUUCAAUGCGGAACGACAUAAAUAUCAACAGCAAUUGUUGACCGUGACGCACGAGAACCGGCAUUUAGACAAAUUAUUGGCGGACGAAAGGUUGAAACAUGUGGCCAAGGAUGGUCACAGCAUGACGUUACGAAAAGAAUUCCGGCAGCUUAUGGCCAGUGCCAAGGUCGAGCAUCAACGAGCCCUGGAACGCGAGUUGCUCCAACGACAACAACUGGAAAGAGACUUAUGGGAAAUCCGACGUGAGCUGGACGGCAAACAGUGGGAACGAAUUCAUCAAGGCGUGCAAACCCAUUACGUUAUCACUUAG